UCAGAAGUUUACUGCAGAAGUAAUCUGUGAAUUAUUAACUAUAUGGCCUGAUGUUUAUAUUAUUAAUGACUGUCCAAAACAUCCUAAAAGCCAAGAAUUAGCUCAUGCUAUGCCAUUGUGCUGUUAUAAGUUACCUAAGAAUUGGUUCAAGGCAUCUGAGCUCCAAGAUAAUUUUAAUCAACAAGAAAUUGUGGAGUUACUCUUAGGAGCUGCAGCAUUAAAUAUCGAGGGAUUGGAUGAAGAAAUAAUGUAUAAAAAAUUAGAUGAAAUAAGGGACGAAAUGAUAGAUAAAGAGUUUGAUAAGAGAUUUGAAGAAUUGGAUGAAACAUUUAAUAAUAUGAUGAAAGAGAUUUUAGAAAACAGGGCAAGUAAAUGGUUACCUGAAGAAAGUGCAUUAGUUGAAUUAUCAGAGAAUGAAACAUUUAGCAAAAGUUUACUUGAAAAUGAUUGUGAAAGUUUACUUGAAAAUAAUCAUGAAAGUUUGCUAGAAAGUGAUUAUAAAAGUUUACUUGAAAGUGAACUUGAAAUUCAUCCAAGCAAAAGACACAAAACUUCAGUUUUAACAGCUUUUACUUUAAACACAAAUAUUCAGCACAUGAAGUUUAUCGAAGCAUCGCUACAAAGUCUUUUGAACAAUAAUGCAAUAAUAUGA